AUGAGUGCUCCUGCCCUCAACGCGCCUUUGUGCGCAGCUGGCGAAACUGCAGACGAUGGCGCUCCCAGCCCUCAGAUAUCAUCGAAGGCCGUAGAGUCGGCAGACGCACCUGACUACGCAUGGAGGGGUUUCAAUCCGGGCGCGGCGAGCCUACGAGAGAUGGGUCGUCUGUCGACGAGCGACUUCAACCAGAUUCUCAAAGGAUAUCAAUAUGAAGAGGCCCUCGAGAGUGCGCCCGUUGCCAUGAACGUCGAGCGGGACGCGCGGGACGCCACUGACGCGGUCUAUUCCGAGUUUAUCGCGUCCCUCAGGCUCAAUGACGAGCAAGCGCAGACAGCACUGGCUACGUACUUCUUGAAGGCGGAGAGGGCCAGCAGUCCAGGACUCCAGACGUAA